AUGCCGCGGGGUGUAAAAUCGGAGCCCUCUGCUUCUGGAGAGCAACCCGGCAAAGGCGAUUCCAAAGGAACAAAAGGAAACAAGACAAAGUCAACGGCGUUAACUGUGAACAAAGUCCCAUUGAAGAAAAAAGAUGGGCAGAAGGAGGGCCCUAAAGCAACUGCAAAUGGAGCGGACGGCAGCCUUGAUGUUGCGGAGCUCGAGAAAAAGCGCAAGGAGUUUUCGGAGCAAUUGCGCAAGUGUGAAGUGCAGAUCCAUAGGCUAGAGACCCAGUACUUCGAGACCGCGAACCCCCAAGGCAACGCCCUCAAAGUAGGCUACGACGGACUGCUGUCCUCCACGGCGGUGAGCGCCAAGAAGGCGCAGUUCCGACACGAGGAUCGAAUCUUCUCGGGAUCAUCCACCACGGGGAGCACCGCCGCCGGCAGCGGGUAG